UACAAAUCUCGUUCAGUUAUCGCGAGUGUUUGUCAUAUGUCAAUACUUCCUACUUUUGAUUUUUGGAAUUUUCAUCAACGUUUUAUGAAAUAUAAACUUAAUAACAAACCACUCUUGCUUCUGCUGAACACUAUGAAGACAUGCCAAAAAUGAGUGAAAUACAUAACUCACCAGAAUAUCAGAGUUUCCGGAGCUCAGUUCCACAGAAAAAACUGGUUGUUGAUGAUGAUGACAAGAAAGAGUGGACCAUCUACGACUGCGGGCCAAGAUGUGUUAAGUGUCCACUGAUAUGCCUUCCUCCUGCCAGUGGGACAGCAGAUGUGUUCUUCAAGCAAAUGCUUUCAUUAUCAGCAGCAGGGAUCAGAAUCAUAUCUGUUGAGUACCCUAUCUACUGGACCAUGCGAGAGUUCUGUGAAGGACUGAAGAAGCUGCUGGACUCUCUGCAGCUUGACAGGGUCCAUUUGUUUGGGGCUUCCUUGGGUGCCUUUCUUGCUCAAAAGUUUGCUGAAUACACAAGCCGGUCCCCUAGAGUGGCAUCUGUUAUACUGUGCAAUGGAUUCUAUGAAACCAGCAUUUUCCAACAAACUAAUUCAGCACCUACGUUUUGGAUGAUGCCGGCUUUAUUCUUAAAGAAGAUGGUAAUGGGAAACUUUGACCGCAGGCUCACAGACCCAGAGAUUGCAGACUCCAUAGAUUUCAUGGUCGAGAAGCUCGACAGCCUAAGUCAGCAGGACCUGGCCUCCCGUCUCACACUGAACUGCAUGAACUGCUAUGUGGAGCCACAGAAACUGAACGGAAUAGAGGUCACACUGAUGGAUGUGUUUGAUGAUUGUGCCUUGUCAUAUGAUGUGCGUGAAGAGAUGUACAAAGCCUACCCGAAUGCAAAGCGGGCCCACUUGAAGUCCGGUGGCAACUUUCCUUACUUGAGUAAGAGCUUAGAAGUCAACAUCUUUAUUCAGGUGCACUUAAAAGCAUAUGAUGAGACCAGUUACUCUGCCAAGUAUAUUGAACCAGAAAUGAAGGCCGACGACUGAAAACUUUAUUCUGUAAAUCUGUGAUGUGUUCAUUCAUGGACUCAAAGGGGUUCAUGGGCUGUCGCUCAAAUGCUUUAAAUUUCUGCUGUGCCAUUUACAAUUGCUUGUGGACCGGGUAUUUAUAGGAACCGCUGUUGAAAUCAGCCCUUUUUGGCCAGCUUAUGGCUUUUAUAAUCUGCACAGGUUUGAUGGUGUUGAAGACAUGUACAGUUGUCUGUUAGUUAUAAUGCAUUUAUACCAAUAGACUUUUCACCAUGAUGGUCCAUUAUACAAUAAUUGCAACUAAAUCAUUUUGAUACAAAUUAAUUAGGCAAUUCAAGGUUCUUUUUAUUGACCAAUAGUUUAUUUUUGUUGGAUUUUUUAAAUUAUUUAUUUAUGUAUUUGAAUCCAUGCACAGUUUUCUUCAUCUUAUCAGAAUAAAUACAGUUCUAUUUCAUAACCUAGCUUAUUGGCAGAUAUAUGUUAAAUUGUUGAAAUUGUUUACAUGUGUUGUUAACCCAUUGUCGGUGUUUGGUUUACCAAUGAACAAAUAAUUUAUAUUAAGAAAUGGCUUUACAAAGUUGGAAGUAAAUCAGAAGUAGACUUUCUCUUUCAACAGCCAAACAAUUGUCUGAUAAAUACUAAGAACUAGUACUAUUACACCUGACAUUAUAUGGAUCUUCAGUUUCUUUAAGAUUGCAUUUGUAAGUAAUCAUCACUAAGACUCUUUAUAAAGGAGGUACAGUCAGUUAGGACGUGAAAUAUUCUCCAUACUCGAGCGCCAUUUUUCGCACUGUCUGUCUGUCUGUCGCACUUUUCGUGUCCGCUCUCUAUUUCAAAUAGUUUUCAUUUGAUCUUUACCAAACUUGGUCAGAAGUUGUAUCUUGACAAUAUCUAGGUCAAGUUCGAAUAUGGGUCAUGCCGGCUCAAAAAGAAGAUCACGGGGUCGAAAAACAAAUCCAAGGGAAGUAAUAAGCUUUAAAUGGACCUAAUUAUUUGACCUGCCAAAUUAUAUAUUUUUGUGAAAUAAAUCAAAGUGGCGCAGUAGGCGGCAUUGGGUUUCUGACAAACACAUUGUGGUAAAAGGUCAAGAUCAUCCUUUAAGGUCUAAGGUCAAAAAAUACAAAUCCAAGGGAGGUAAUAAGCUUUAAAGGGAGAUAAUUAUUCAAUAUUGAUCAUAGAAACUUGAUAUUUGGCGUGCAUGUGUUUCUCAUGGAGCUACACAUUUUGAGUGGUGAAUCUGUAGUCACGGAAGUGGCUUUUAAUUAUUUGCUACUGAAAAAAGAGAUUUGUAAGAGACAAUUAUUUUCAAGGGAAGUAAUUUAUAUAAUUAUAAAUACAGUUACUCUACAGAUUUUUUAUUUUGAUUAUUUAUAACUCAAAUGAUUGAUUUGUCAAAGUUUUUUUUUAAUAAUAUAAUUAUCUUUUCUUUCCUGUAGUAAUUUGUGAAUGGUAGGGUUCAUUACAUACCUGUGGACUUAUGUCCAUAUAUACAUAAUGAACUCUGGCUAUGAUCUCUUUGAUAAACCACAGGCCUUGGUUGUCAGUGAUGUCUGACUUGGUCAUUUUUGACUGUCUACAUACCCCCCCCCCCCACCCCAGGUUGGAUUGAACAAAAUCCAAGGGAAGUAAUAAGCUUUAAAGGGAGAUGAUUUCUAUACAUGCCAAAUGAUAAAUAGAAAUUUUAUUUCAAAGCGGCACAGUAGGGGGCAUUGUGUUUCUGACAAACACAUCUCUUGUUUUAUUCUGUUUAAUACUCAUUGUUUUAUUUUCUAUGCUUUAUUUCUAGCCUCUAAACUCAUUCACGAAUGACAGUUUGGAUGUAUUGGAUUAGUAAUUGCAUCUUUAUUGGGUACAUUUUGAAUGUUUUAAUUAAACAUUUCUUAUGAUUCUUAUGUACUUAUAUUGUGUAUGCAUUUCACGCUUAAUAACCGACAGGCUUUUAUUAUUUAUAAUAAACAGGUGUAGUAAUGUCAUACCCUUUACAUUCUCUGUGUACAUUUCACAUAUUUUUAUGCCCCCGAAUCGAAAAAUCGGGGGUAUAUUGUUUUUGGCCUGUCUGUCUGUCAUUCAUUCAUUCAUUGUGUGUGUCCCAAAACUUUAAUCUUGGUUAAAGUUUCAUAACUUUUGCAAUAUUGAAGAUAGCAACGUCAUAUUUGGCAUGCAUGUGUAUCUCACAAAGCUGCACAUUUUGAGUGCUUUAAAGUCAAGGUCAUCCUUCAAGGUCAAUGGUCAAUUAUCAUUGUAUUUUUCUUUCCUAAAACUUUAACCUUCAUUAAAGUUUGGUCAUAACUUUUUUAAUAUUGAAGAUAGCAACUUGAUAUUUGGCAUGCAUGUGUAUCUCAUGGAGCUGCACAUUUUGAGUGGUGAAAGGUCAAGGCCAAGGUCAUGCUUCAAGGUCAAAGGUCAAAUGUUUGGCUUCAAAGCGGCGCAAUAGGGGGCAUUGUGUUUCUGCCAAAGGCAUCUCUUGUUAAACUUAAAAUGAUUUAGUUUGAGAGCAUUGAAAUUUGGUUAAACAUGUGUUGGUUGUUUAUUUGUCUAUAUUAAUAAAAAAAUACCUGGUACUAAUAAGUCAAUAGAUGCGUUUUGUUCAGUCAUCAUUCCAUAACAAAAAUGUGCAGACCCAUUUGUUGAUUUAUAGGUCUAGUUAUAAUUUGCUUUCACUUAAUCCAUAGAUUGUAACUUAGGAAAAUAUUCAAUUAAACCUUCCUUUGUAUGUGAUUGGCUUUAGGAUAAUGAUGUAAAGUCAUUGAAAAUGUUUAUUAAUAGAUUGUAAAGAAUUUUUUUGCGUUUUGUCUUAGGAAAGCAGUUGUUACUGUGUUUUUUUUAUUAUACAAUUAUCAUUAUGAAUCAAAUGUUAAAGUUGUAAUUCUUUUGAAUAAAAACCUUUAUUUCUAUCUUCUAUCUCAUGUGAUAGAUUAAAUAUAAAUGCUUUUUUAAUGCAGUAUGUUUAAAAUGAUUAGAUCAUAGUUGAUUGAAAACUGAAUAUUGUCAUUUUGAUGAUGUAUUUAUAUUAUUUUUGUUACUAUGAAACAAAUUGUUAAGAUGAAAACUUUGCAAAUUGUUAAUUAUAUAAAUUUAAUUAAUCAAA